GCGGUGAUGUCGCAGGUGUCAGCACGUGACUGCGUAAUUCUGGGCACAGCGCAACGCCAGCGCCGCACCGGCCCCCAUCGGCCAUCGUCACUCAGCGGUCUGCGUCUUGCUGAGCUGCUGUUGUUUCAGUAAAGAAGAGCAGAGAGAAGUUGAUAACAAAGACAGAACAGCAGAGAAUGCGCUGAUUGCGACCCAAACAGAUCAGAAACAGAUCAGAAUGGCAAAGAGGGACCGCUCACCCGCAUCAGACGCCAGUUCGCCAGACGAGUCCGAACCCAACGGCCUGGCAGAGCACCCGCCUCUGUCCCCCAACGGCUCCGCGAUCUCCGACAUCUCUGAAGACACCCUCGGAUCCGUGCCCGGAUCGCCGGGGGUGAACGACGACAAUCUCGACCAGGUCACGGUCUGUCGCUGGGAAGGGUGUUUCGAGGACUGCGGGAAUAUGGAUAAUCUCGUGAAGCACAUCCACGACGAACACGUCGGGAACCGGAGACCAAAGUACGCGUGCGAGUGGCAGGAUUGUCCGCGGCGCGGGCUCAGCCAGACGUCGCGGUUUGCUCUCGUCGCUCAUAUGCGAAGUCACACCGGCGAGAAGCCGUUCUACUGUAACGUCCCGGAAUGCGACAGAAGCUUCACAAGAUCAGACGCGCUCGCAAAACACAUGCGCACAGUCCACGAAGCAGAAGCGAUCCGCGAAGCAAUCCCAAAAACAGAACCAUCAGGGCCCCCUAAGAUGAGCUCGAAAACCGCAGAGGACUACGAGUCCGUUCUCAGAACCUACCGCGCGCGCGAACGCGAGCUGCGCAGUAGUAAGAAGGACGAGGGGGAGGCUGCUACUGGUGCUGAUGAUGCUGCAGGAGAAACAGCUGCUGGCAAUGAGGACGGGUUAGACGGCGACGAGUCGCAAAAGCCACAGGCGGAGCUGGCGCGGUACUUGAAGCGGAAACUGGCGUGGGCGGGCGAACUGCACGGACAACUUCAAGAAGAGCUCGAUCGAGUAAACAAGUUGAAAGAAGAUCUGUGGACGAGCAAGGAGCUGUUGCUGGAAAAAGUGAUUGUGAAGGAACUUGGGGAGGAGGAGGCGUCGAAGAUUGUACAUUAGAUUGUACAUUUUUUACGUUGUCUAGUCAAUGCGCUUGGUGAUGUUAACGGUU